AUGUCUGGAAAAGUUAAGAGGGGAGAUGAACCAGAAGCCGUGCCAGCUCAGAGGGGUACUGAAGAGCCUACCCGCGACUACCCACCGCCCAAACAAAUGGACUUGCAGACGCUUCAAGAACUUGACGCCGAUGAUGAAAGUCUGGUCAAGUACAAGCAAGCUCUACUGGGUAGCACUGCAGAUUUUUUAGAUGAAGGCGGACAAAAUGUACUAUUGAAGGCCAUGGUAUUUGCUCCAGUAGACCACGAGGAAACUGUUCUGAAUCUGACAGGUGAUCUUUCUCAAUUGAAACAUCAACCAAUUGUGGUUAAGGAAGGCACCGAGUACAGGAUUAAACUCAAAUUCAGAGUCCAACGUCAGAUUGUCUCUGGACUGCGGUUUGUUUACGCUGUUUCCAGAAAGGGCAUCAGAGUGGACAACGCAAAUUCUAUGGUUGGGAGUUACGGACCCAAAACGGAAGAGCAGAUCUUCCAGACUCCUGUGGAUGAGUUACCCGCGGGUAUGAUAAGCCGUGGUGUCUACAUUGUCAAGGGUAAAUUCUUAGACGAUGACAAGAAUAUCUACUUGGAGUGGGAGUGGAGUUACUCCGUUAAGAAAGAUUGGGAAUAAGAUUAGAGUGAUGAUUUCCUACAAAGGAAAUUGGUAUAUUGGAAGUG